CUACUGUAUCAGUGUGAGGCGUGACACUGCAGUAUGAGUAAUCUCAUGCUCAGACUAUAUCAAUACAAACUUAAAGCAAGGAGACCAAUGUGAUAACUUACUUCUUUCUCACUUAAAACGAUGUGGAAACAUAAGGUAGUCAUGGUCCUGAUGUUGGGGAACAUAUUAGUGUCUGCAGAAACAGAGAACAGCAGGAAAGAUGUGAAGUCUCGCAGACGCAAACUAGAGGCGCGGAAAGGCUCUGCCCGUAUUUCUCCGGAUCCAAUGAUGACCGGGCCAGAGUCAGGUGUGAUGCCCGGUGCUAUUGAAGUGGACUUUGAUAAGAGCAUUGAAGACAUGGUGUCCCAGGUCAGAAAUAAUCCGAAUUUAUCCAUAAACCAAUGCGUGGUGGAUCGCAAACUUUGGAUGUCCAACAGUCGCAGCCUCUCUCCGUGGUCCUACAGAAUAAAUCACGACGAGGAACGUAAACCCGUGGACAUCCCCGAGGCCGUGUGCUCGUGCGUGGGUUGCAUCAAUCCUUUCACCAUGCAAGAGGAUCGCAGCAUGACCAGCACUCUCAUUUACACCAAAAUCCCCGUGCGCAGACUUAUGUGCCACCGGCCGACGAAGAAGCCGAGGAAGAAUAAGAAUAAAUGCGAGCCGCGAUUCAGGACGGUCGUGGAGAGCAUCGCCGUGGGCUGCACGUGCAUCGUGGGUUAGCUUGGGUGUGGGACCUUAACCUGUUAUUGGCUAAUACUUUGUAACACUGCAAAAGAAUGAUGAUUGUGAAUAUAUAUGUAUAUAUUUUAUUUGAGAAACUGUAAAAACAAGAUAAACCAUUACAGCAAUACUUGGUUACAAUGGGAAUUGUAUUGGUUACCAGUAGGGAACUCUAAUGUGGUGGGUUCUGUUGAUUGGAUGUUAUCUGGUGGAUAGGAACCAUUAGAACAUCAUUACAUCUUACUGAAAUAAGACCCCAAAUGAAUACUGGUUUUGAUGGUAACAACUGGUGGUUCAUGGUUUUGAGAACAGAAUUUUAUUUCUAUUCUUUUCAGCAUUGCAAAUGCUUUGAUUUAUUGUGCACGCUUUAUUAUGCAAUCCUGUACAUAUCUUUAUUUUGUUGUGUGAAAGCUUUCAUGAUUUAAAUAAAUAGAUGUUUUGUUUCUGUACCUUACAGUAUGGCCUAAGCGCGCGCGCGUGUGUGUGUUUUAAAAUAAGUUUAAUA